AGACCCCUGCCUGUCCAGCCGCCAUCCGUAGGCCUCAGAUUUCCCACUCAGGAAGAGAGGGAAGACUGGGCACCCCGGCCUAAGGGUACUCGGCUUUGAGCCCAGAAUCUUCUCUUUUCUGCAGCUCCUGGACGGACUAGUGUUGACCUGCCCCAUGGACGCUCAGGGCUGCUGCACAGACUGCAGCUCCCCAUGCAGGAAGCAGACUGCCUCAGAGACCCAGGACUGUUGCUGGAGCUGCGCAGAAGCCUGCGACUUCCCUCUACCCAGUCCAGCCCACUACCUGGAUGCCUGCUGCCCUCAUCCCAGCGAAGCUGGUUGGGCUCCUCGAUGUCCUCAAUGCUGCCCCUUGUGUGACUGUGCCUGCGCCUGCCAGCUUCCGGACUGCCAGAGCCUCAACUGCCUCUGUUUCGAGAUCAAGCUCAGAUGAAGGAUGGGAGUGGGGGGCUUGUUCUUUGGGGAGUGGCCAGCCCCUAGGGCCCCCUCUAAAAUGGCCCUCAGGACACCACUGCUAGGCCACUGGAAUCACAGCUGGCAGGUCCAGCCUGACCUGGGAGCCUUGAGUGGAGGGCCUGGUUCCCUGCAGGACAGGAUUCU